AUGUUUAAGAAAUUUGACGAGAAAGAGAAUAUUGGCAACUCCAAUAUUGCCAAGUCGUCAGUUCAGAAGGGCAUUCGAAAUCAGAUCUUGGAGCAGUUCCGGAAUAUAGAGGACUAUCUGGAUCAGAUUAUGCCCAAAAAAGAACCAUUGAAACUAGUCAAAUGCCACGAACACAUUGAGCUUUUGUGCAACCAGUCUGGCGAAGUCCUCUUCUUCCGACAACGGGAGGGUCCCUUGUAUCCAUCACUAAAGCUAUUACAUAAAUAUCCCUUCAUCCUGCCACACAUGCAGGUGGACAAGGGGGCCAUCAGGUUUGUCCUCAGUGGGGCCAACAUCAUGUGCCCGGGCCUGACUUCCCCUGGAGCCCGAAUGACCAAGGUGGACAAGGAGCAGAUUGUGGCAGUCAUGGCCGAGGGCAAACAGCACGCGCUGGCUAUUGGGGUCACCAAAAUGUCUUCUGAAGAAAUAUUGUCCAAAAACAAAGGUGUCGGUGUGGAUAAUAUCCACUUUCUCAAUGACGGAUUGUGGGUAAUAAAAGCCAUAAAAUAG